UCUGUCCAUUGUUGGGGAACAGAAAGCGAGUUGAGGUUGAUAUACGGGGGCCGGAGACCAGUUGCGCAUAUCAUCAGCGGACCAGCUGCAGUGCAGGCAGCAAGCAGUAGCCAACAAGUCCUCGAACACAUCCUUCCAGACAUGGGUUGCUAUGACUGCUGUAUGCGCUGUUUGGGUGGGGUGCCGUACUGCUCCCUGGUCGCCACACUGCUGUGUUUCUCUGGCAUUGCCCUCUUCUGUGGUUGUGGGCACCAAGCACUCACAGAGACGGAGAGACUCAUCGAGACUUACUUUGCCCGUAACCUCCAGGACUACAUCACUCUUGCCUACAUCAUCCAAUAUUUCCAGUAUGUCAUCUAUGGGUUGGCCUCCUUUUUCUUCCUCUACUGCAUCAUGCUGUUGGCUGAGGGCUUCUACACCACAAGCGCUGCCAAGCAAACCUUUGGAGAGUUCAGGAGCACCAUGUGUGGCCGCUGCCUCAGCUCCUCGUUUAUAGUGAUGACGUACGUACUAGCUGUGCUGUGGCUGCUGGUGUUUGCCUUCUCGGCACUGCCUGUCUACUUCUUCUACAACAUGGAUGCAACCUGCCACACCAUUGAUGUUUUGACUGAGACCCCAGCGAGCAUCAACCAGCUCUGUGUUGAUGCAAGGCAAUAUGGGCUCCUGCCAUGGAAUGCAGUGCCAGGGAAAGCUUGUGGCAUGACUCUGUCUAAUGUUUGCAAGACCAGAGAGUACCGAAUGACCUAUGACCUCUACAUUGCUGCCUUCGCUGGUGCGGGCAUCACUCUCUUGGCUCUGCUGACCUAUACUGUCUCAACCACCUAUAACUUUGCGGUUCUUCGGUAUCUGGGGAGGAAGGGCAUAGGGGCACGGUGUUAGGCUCACCAGCUUCCUGUCUGCUCUGUCACUACUUCACCAUCAACAUGGGGAUCUAAAGGGACGGCAACAAUUAUCUUCUUCCACAUCAUCUGCACAGAACUACCUGUGGUCACAGACUCUUAAAAAUGUUGUCUUUAUAUUUUUACCUUUCUUGUUGGGAAGAAUGUUAUUUUGUUUUAUUGUAUGUAUGUAUGUUAGGUUUAUCUACUGCUUUUACAUGCAGUAAGUCUUAUUUCAGUAUUUCCUAUUUCCUGUCACCAAAAUAUUUGUAAAUUAUUGCCGCUUGCUGAGGUUAGUGUCUAAAAUUAAUUUCUGCUUCCCGUUGCACUCAAAAUACAAAUAACACGCCACUAAUUAAUUAACAUGUGUAAGAAAUAACCAGCAAUUUGCAACACAUGUGCUGCGAGAAUGCAGCUGUUGCCGAGAAUAGGGAUUAUAGGUUACCAUGGCUACCAUGCUUCACAUCUGGUUGCCGUGGUGGCAGACAAGCAUGCAUUUGCAGUCUCAUGCUGACCUCAGGACUUUUCUCACGGGCUGGAGAAAAGCCUCAACAAUGGAGUCAUGGCCGUUUUAAAAACCAGCCAAUAAGGAGCCAGUUGUGAGGGCCACCUGCGCUCCGAGUCUCUGCCAAGGGUUAUAUCACAUGUCAAGGGAGAGGGUCCUGCAGACAAAGAGAGGGUUAGACCUCUCUAAAGCCUCAAUUCAACUCUUCUGGGAUCUCACACACACACACACACACACACUGCUGUAUGACCCCCACCUCCCUCGAGACACACACACACUGCCGCAUGACCCCAACCUCCCUCGGAAUAAUUGCAGUGAUGGAUUCAGAGUGAAGGAAUUUUAAUUAUUUUUGAAUAGUUUCUUUCUUACAAAGGGACAUUCUUGUUUAGUUCUGAUCUAGAAAGGUCUGAAAUUGUUUCUCAUUUUGAGAUGGCAAAAGCACUAGGUGCUAACUUAUCGAGUGACCUCAUAUUAUUUGACCUAAAGCACAUUGUUGAGGUGUGGCUCGCCCUGCUGUUAAUGCAUGACUGAGGUACUUUUAUAGAGAUAGGACAGCUUUGUUUUGACUAUAAUUCUUUAGGAAUUUUGUUGUAGUUAUUGUAUAACACACCUUUAUUUUUUACUUACUUUAGCUGAUUUUACUACUAAUUGUACCCUUUAGGUCUUACUAACAAAACUUUUUGCAGCGUAAUAAGUAGAUUAUUCCAUUUUGUGUAAACAUUACCCAGCUGUGAAUGAUGGCAGCUGGCUGUUUGAUAAAAAGACAUUUUUUUGUGUUGGUAAAAUGUGAUAAUAAAAAUAAUAUUAUUUGAA